AAGAGCACUAACAUUAGACGUGCGAUCCACUGGAAUGAGUUCACAAUUUUGUUUGUUUUUUCUUUCUUUUUUUUCUAAUAAAAGUCUUUUAUGUCUGGCUUUGCACCGGCCACAGAGGUUAAACUAAAUUGAUGCACCUAAAAAAGAGAGACACGAUGCCCAUUGCUCGUAUCAUGAUUUGGGGAAGAAUAUGACUUUGACGACUUGUAGGUAAGCUGAACGCCAACGAAAACGGGGCAGAAAAAGAUCCAUAAAUCUACAGAAACAGUAACGAAUUCGCAAGGCGUUACUACUGCUGAUCACAAAUAGUCCAUAAAAUGUUCUCAAUGAUGAAUAUUCUUUUAUUUGUAGUUCUAGUAGUAGUUUUAAUAGUAGCAGAAACUUUUCGUAAAUCUUCCACAUCUCUUCUAUUCAAGCUAUCAUCUUUUUCUACUAUCGAACGAGCCGAAAAGAGUAUCGGAAAAGUUGUUACCAGUGAUGCAAAGUUUUUGUUAGAAGACAAAUUUCCGGUUGGUUUAAAUCGUGAAACCAUUCCAAAACAUGUAGCAGUGAUCAUGGACGGCAACCGAAGGUGGGCGAAAAACAAAGGAUUGGAACCUAUGUUAGGCCAUGAAGCCGGUGUUCGGAGCCUCGUAAAACUUCUUCCCCUAUGUCGUAAUUGGGGGAUCAAGGUCCUGACAGUAUAUGCUUUUUCCACUGAAAAUUGGAUUCGACCUAAAGUGGAGGUUGACUUCUUAAUGAACUUGUUUGAAAAGAUUUUAAAGGAAGAACUGGACUCUUUUAUGAGGCAAGAGAUUCGAAUAUCUGUAAUAGGGGAUUCCAAGAAGCUUCUAAGAUCGCUACAAAAAUGCAUAGCAAAGGUAACCGAAACCACCAGAAGGAACUCAGGUUGUCAUCUGAUUAUGGCAGUUAACUAUAGUGGAAGGACUGACAUUGUACACGCAUGCCGGAGGAUCUCUAACAAAGUAAAAGAUGGUUUAAUACAGCCAGAAGACAUCGACGAAAGACUAAUCACUAAUGAACUGGAAACAAAAUGUACAGAAUUUCCAUACCCUGAUCUACUUAUCAGGACUAGUGGUGAGCUUAGGCUGAGCAAUUUCUUACUGUGGCAAUUGGCUUAUACUGAACUUUACUUUGAUGAGUCAUUCUGGCCUGAUUUUGGUGAGAAAGAAUUCGUGCAAGCAUUGCAUUCAUUUCAACGACGACAGAGAAGAUUUGGUGGACAAAACGAUGACAAAUUGGUAGACCAAAAAUCAUAACUAGCACCACGUCCUUACAUUUCUACACAGUUUCUGUCUACUGAUGACAAUAAUUCUGCACUGUUGCUCGAUGCAUUAAUAUAUGUAUACAAGUUUCUGUGUAUUGAGUUACUUCUUCUCACUGUCUCCCUCUCCUUAUUUCUGUUGUAACGACUGUGGGAAGAAUCUUUUGUCAAUAAAUUCGUUUAUGGUCC